AUGGCAAGUAAAAUCAGCGCAUCUAACUCUCGGGAUCUUCAACCAGUAGAAACAUUAAAAAAUAAAGAAAAUACUCGACUCAUUUGGCUUGAUGGCAAUAUUGAUGAUUCUAAAGAUUCGAUGCAUACGCAAAAUCUUUUACUUGAAUUCAAUCCUGCUGCUCAAUUCUAUACGGAUAGUACACGAUGUGUUGAUUUUGUUAAGUCAAUACAAGGCGAACAAAUUCUACUUAUAAUCUCUGGAGCAUUGGCUCGUGACGUUCUUCCACAAAUUAGUAGACUUCGAAGUGUCAUCGCUGUUUUUAUCUUCUGCAGAAACCGUGAAUUUCACGUAAAACUUAUGUCUGAAUAUUCAAAGAUAGUGGAUAUCUUCAUCGUUCAAGGCGAGCUACUACGGUUACUUCGCGACACAAUGACAAUUGUAGAGAAACAGGCUUUCACGUUCAGUCUCUUUGAUCAAACACAGAAAUCCACAAGAGAUCUAUCUAAAGAUUCAGCUUCCUUCCUGUGGAAUCAACUUCUACUUUAUGUUUUAAAAAAGAUGCCUCAAGAUGAUCAAGCCAAGAAUGAAAUGUUGACAACAUGCUCAAAUUACUACGCAAUGAAUAAGAAAGAGUUGAACAAAAUCGAACAAUUUCGUAAGUCCUAUUCUCGUGAACAAGCAAUAAAAUGGUACACAGAUGAAUGCUUUCUCUACAAGCUACUUAACAAUGCCAUACGUACGGAAGACAUUGAUUUACUUUAUGCAUUUCGCUUCUAUAUAAUCGAUCUAUGUCAUGCAUUGGAAAAAGAAAGCGAGCAACUGAAGACGGGUGGUGUGUUGAAACUUUAUAGAGGUCAACACAUUCCGAACGGAGAAUUCGAGAAAUUACGCAAGGCUACUGGGACUCUCAUUUCUACCAAUGGAUUUUUGUCAACGUCAAGAAGUAUUGAUGUAGCAUUGGGUUUCAUUCGUCAACUGCCAGUAAAUGACGAUAUGAAACUUUGCAUCUUCGAAAUCAACGCUGACCCGAAUGUAACUGCAGUCGUGUUUGCAGACAUUGAUAAGUACAGUAAAAUGCAGGGAGAACAAGAAGUACUCUUUGGGCUGAAUUCUACAUUUAAGAUUGAUCAUGUAAAAAUGGAGAAAAAACUAAAUGUGUGGAAGAUUGGUUUGAGCACAACGGCAGAAGGAUCAACUCGUAUUGAACAGUAUAUGAAACUGCAAGAAGAUCAGUUGCAACUGAUAAGUCCUUUAGUGUCCUUUGGAUGUCUUUUACUUAAUGAAUUAGGUCAAAUUGAGCGGGCAAAAUGUUAUUUUGGCAAACUACUGCACAGUCUACCAUCAGACCAUCCGGAUAUCGCGUCCAUCCAAAACAAUCUUGGUAAUGUGCAUCGACAAACAGGCGAAUUGAAUCUGGCGCUAAAAUAUUAUGAAGACGCUUAUCGAAAACGUCGAUCGACAUUGUCUGAAAACCAUCCACUUAUCGCUGGAUCGUUACACAACAUUGGACUGAUUUACAAAGAUAAGGGAGACUUUGAUCGCGCACUUGACUAUCUUCAUCAAAGUUUGGCUAUUGAUGAGAAGAACUACCCUGGUGAUCAUUCCAGCAAGGCUAUCACCCUUCAGAAUAUCGGUCUUGCAUACCAAUCAAAAGGAGAUAUUGAUAGUGCACUAGCCUGGCUCAAGCGUGCUUUUCACAUGUAUACAAGAGUUUUACCAGCUCCACAUCCGUAUAUCGCUAGUGCUCUAGGAAAUCUUGGGUCAGUCUACGAAAAAAAAGGAGAUCUGGAUCGUGCUAUCGACUUUUAUCGUCAACGUUUGGAGAUGGCAGAAGAAUGUUUACCACCAGGUCAUCCUGAUCUCUCUUCAUAUCUGAACCGAGUAGCUCAAACUUACAAGAAGAAGAACGAUAAGAAGACGUCAUUAAUGUUUUGUGAAAAACAAUUAGCUUCACAGAAGACAAUUCUAGGGGAUAAGCAUCCACGAAUUGCUUCGACGCUCAUGACAAUAGGCGAUAUCUGUGAAGGUGAAGAGACACGUCGAUACUAUGAAGAGGCUUUAUCAGUCCUCGAAAAUUGUACUCCUUGUAGCGAAUUAACACUCAUUGAUUGCCUCACAAUGCUCGGUGCCAUCGCUCUUGAUGACGAAAGAUUGGAAGACGGUAUCGCUCAUUGGAAAUAUGUUCUAGAUGUUCGACGUCGAAUUCAUUCUUCUGAUCACCCGGCGAUUGCUGAGCAGCUACAACGUUUAGGAGAAGGAUAUUUUCAAACAGUGCAUAACUAUCCAGAAGCGUUUCGAUAUUUCUCGGAAAGUCUGACCAUCUACCGAGCAAACUACGGGGAUCAACACAAAGAUGUCAUUGAAGUGAAAGAAUAUCUCCGACAAGUGAAAGAAAAAAUGGCCGACUCUUAA